CGAGAGCGACCCGCCGCGACGGGACUUAGGCGCCUAGCGAGUGUUCCUGCGCGGGCCAGCUGCGCUCCCAUGGCAACUACGCUGCUUCCCCUCCUUCCGCCGCCGCUUCCUUUGGCGCGGCUCCGUCGGAGGUUGGACGUGGUCCUCUCGCCGAGGCGGCCCUUGUUUGUCCGGAGGGAGGUUCCGCUGAGCCUGCAGCAUCCGCCUUGUAGUCCUCGGCCAUGGCGCUGCCGGCGGCCCUGCGGAUCGGGGACCAGCUCAUCCUGGAGGAGGACUACGACGAGAGCUACGUCCCGAGCGAGAGAGAGAUCGCGGAGUUCGCUCGCAUGAUCGGGAUCGACGCGGAGAAGGAGCCGGAGCUGCUGUGGCUGGCCCGGGAGGGGAUCGUGGCCCCGCUGCCCGCCGAGUGGAAGCCCUGCCAAGACGUGACGGGGGACAUCUACUACUUCAACUUCGCCGACGGACGCUCCACCUGGGAGCACCCCUGCGAUGAGCACUACCGGCAGCUGGUGGCCCUGGAGCGGGAGAAGAGGGUGGAGGCGGCGGGCGGCGGAGGCGGAGGCAGGCGCAAGGAGCGGAGGGCCAAGCGCAAGGAGAAGCGGAAGGAGCUGCAGCCGGAGUCGAUGCUUCUCCCUUCAGCAUCCUUUUACAGAGCCCCGUCCCCCGUCUCCUCUUCUGGGCGGGCCAGUCCGGACCUGGAGCCGCAGGGCAGCUUGAUGGUUAGGCAUGAGCCUUUUCUGAAGAGCCCGAAGGGGAGGGCCUCAGGGAUGCCUCCUGAGCCGAGCGACCUGCCUGGCCUUCUCCCAGCCUGCGCCUCAGGUAAACUGCAGCCCCUCUUGCCAGCCAAGCCAAGCCGGACGCACCAGAUCCUCGCAGAUGUAGAGAAGAUUCUUGGAAGAGCUCCAUCUUCCAGCAGACACAUCUUAGGCCACCAGCCACGCCAAGAUAUGACUGCAGAGGUCAGGUCUGCCGCUCCUGCUGUCUUUUCAGACUCAGAGCCUGAAGAUUUAGAUAGCCUUGGUGGUGCACAGCAUCAUUUCAAACAACUGAAAGAGCCUUCUCAGGGCGUGCAGAGUGAUAACUGUGUACUAGCCCUGGGCGGAGCCAUAGUGGAGAGUUUGUUUUUGGUGGAUGAAGAGCUCCAGGAGCAAGGAGAUAGUCCUCUUGAAGGGAGCAGAUGUUUCCAGGGCCCUGUUGAUACCUCCCUGGAAGAGAGGGCUGUAGGGGCCACCAACAGCUGCUUUGUGAAAGAUGGGGGCUUCUUGCAUGCCAUGGAAAAGAAAACUCAGCUCCUUCCUACAGCUGCGUCCCUUGAGCCACUCUGCCAGAUGUCUGGGACCAGCACCCUGGAGGGACAAGGUGAUGUCCAUUCUUUGGGAAAUAGACUGAGGCCUCUUAACAGCAGGAAGGAGAGCAGAAGGAGGAAGAAACACCUGGUGCAACGCCAGACCACAGAGUUCAGCAGGAGUGGAAGAGAGACAGAGGGGGCAGCUCCAGAGCCCGAUCCCCUGCUGCAGACUUGCCCUGGACUGGGAGCAAGGGCAGGAACUGGUGUGGAUGCCAGCCCUUUGCCGGCAACUGCUAUGCCAAGGGGUGAGGACAUUCCCAGUGCUAAGCUGGACUCUGCUGACGGUGGAAGCAGUGUGGCCAGCAGCUUGGCUGACCAUCUUGCUUCCCAGAUUUUGGGUGAAGUAGAUAACUUCUCCUGGGACCUACAGAGCUCUCAUGAAACCGACCACCCUGUGGAUCAGCUGGCUGCUUCCAAGAGACCUUUCCUGGAAGCUCUUCAUUCCCAGACCCACAGCUCUGCUGACGAUUGCUCAGAAAGCGAGUGCUACUCUGAGGACCAGAAGUUCUAUCAGCAUGUGCUUCAUAUGGUGAAGAGAUCUAGAGGAGCAGAGCUGUCUGCUCCUGAAUCCCUAAAGCGAUGGCCUGGUGUGGGCCAGAACAUGGAGCCCAAUGUUACUCAGGAAGGCUCCAGAGAAGCAGAGGCAAAGGCUCAGACCCCACAGAGUCUUGGCGAGGGCCAGGGCUACUCCACCGUUCCUGAUGGACCGGCCGAAGGGGAGCCAGCGCAGAGGCGGAGGCUGGCCGAGAACAGCAGCAUGCUCGGGCUUUCGCCAGAAGGAGACCAAGAGAAAGAGUCUCCAGACCCUACAGCUCCCCUGGAGGGUCUUGCUCCAUUUCAUGGCAUUGUAGGUGCAGCAUCCGGCAUACUCCAAGAUGCACUCAUCCCUGAGGGGAGAAGCUCGGUGGAAGGGAGAGACUUGACUCAGCCUGACAGCUCCAGGAAGAAUUCGCGUGAAUUAGUGGAUGAAGCAGUAGCAGCAGCAUCACCCUUGAACCCACUGAUGCCUGUUGGGGCAGAAGAGGAAGAAGCUGUCAGUGAGAGCCUAGGAAGAACAGCCCAGCUUCUCACGGAACCUCCACAUGGACGUUCAGUGCCAGCCUUGCAGACCUGCUGUGCAUUGCUUUCAUCUGCCGGAGGAAGGUUGCUUGGUGCGGAAGGAUGGCCAGAGCAAGGGCUCCAGCUUGAAGAGGAGCACGAGACCAGGGAUCACAAAGCAGAGCGCAGAAGGUCAUCGGAAAGUGAGCUGGGGAAUGCCAAGCAAAAAGAAGAGCUGCUCCAGCAGGAGGAGGUGGCAUUAAAGGAGCUUCAGAAACUCAGCGCCCAACUCCGUUUUGAAAUGGAGGCAGAGAAGGAGAGAAUGAGACUGGCCCACGAAGCUGCUUUCUAUGAGCUCAGGGAGGAACUGGAAGCCCUCCGUCGAUCGGAGGAGGAAGGACUGCGGGAGCAGGAGCGUCUUUCCCUGGAAAGAAUGAAGCAAGAAACAGAAGCUGCUCAGCGGGCCAAGCAGAUGGAGCUGGAGCAGGACAGUCGGAGGGCCCUGGAAGAGCUGAAGGAGAGGCUGUGCCGAGAAAAGGAAUCGGCCAUGCAAGAACUGGAAGCCCAGUUUGCAGCGGAGACCGAACAGCAGAGAGCUGCAGCACAAGAAGAGCACCAGAAGGCCCUUUCAGCCCUUCGAAUAGAGAUAGCAGAGGCUCAGCGAAAGGAGGAGGUAGGAUUACGGAAGGAGUUGAAAAGUACAGAGCAACAGGUGCAGCAGAAAAGGCUUCAGGUGGCUGAAUACGAGCGAGAGCUCAGUGACCUCCUGAGGGAAAAGCGGCAGGAAGUUGAGCAAGAGCAUGCACGGCAACUGGAGAAAAUGCAAGAGGCACAUCAGGAGACCCUGGCAGCGAUCCAGUUGCAGUAUGAGGAGGAAGAGAGGAGGCAGAGGAUGGAGCUGCAAGGCCACUGUCAGGAGGAACGGACUCGCCAAGGAGCUGAGCUGGAGGCCUUGCGGAGGAAGCAAGCAGAAGAGCUGAAGGGUCUGCACAGAAUCCACCAGGAAGAGGAGCAAAAGGCCCGGGAUGCAGCACUGGAACUGGAGCUCCGAGCCAGAGAUGCCCAGGCGAGAGCUGCCCAGCUGCAGGCCCAGGAGGAGGUCUGGAAGAAAAGGAAACAGCAGCUCCUGGAGGAAGAGAAGCAGCUGGAACAGCAGCAAAAUGAAGCAGCUUUGGCAGCUCAUCUCAGCCUUGAGGAGUCUCGAAAGGAACAGGAAAGCCUUGCGGAGACUACGCGGCAGCUGCGCCAGAUCCUGGCAGAGCUCCAGGACCAGAAAGCAGAGCUGGGCGCCCAAGUGGAGCAGCUGCAGUUGCAGAGGCAGAAGUUGCAGGGACAGGCAAGUGAACUUGAGGAAGCCAUCAAGCGCAAGCAGGAGCUGCUAAACCUCUGCGAGGGGGAAAGCCAUGAACCGUCCCCAAGGAAAAAAGAGGAGCCGCUUCGAGUGGAAGACCUGCAGGAGAGCAAUUCAGCGCCUUCCUCCAGAGAGAUGACAUCUGAAGUUCCAAAGAAUGAUGAAGAGAGCCGCCUCCUCCUGGAUCAGGUCCGGCACUACAUUUCCGCAGAGGGAUCUUCCCUCAAGACCACCAAAGAGUUCUUGGUGCACCAGACUCACUCUGUGCGGAAGAGGCAAGCGGUCUUGAGAGCAGCCAAACAGCACUGGAGUCACGAUCUGCAGGAUGCAGGGCAUUCUCAGGCGCUGGAGAGGGUACGCAGGAACCUGGAACAGGAAGCCAAGCAGCUGGAUGAGGCGAAGUCUGCAGUGCGGAGGGGACAGGUGCUGCUGCGGAAGAAGGAGGAGAGGCUGGCCCAGCUGGAGUCCUCCCUGCGAGAAGAGCUCUCUGAUGAAGACACACUGAAGGGAGUGGCGUGCAAGAAGGUGGUGGCCUUUGCCCUGAAUGACUCUGAAGACACAAGCAGUGAGAUGAGCACCGAGGGCUCUCCCCACAAAACGGUUGACUUGAAACCGGAGCUCUACUUGCCCCCCCUGGACAAGAUCCAGUGCUUGACCGACUCCUUGCAGCGCAUCACCAGCGAACUGGACAGAGUCCUCGGCCUCUUGAGCACCUUCAGCGCCCAGCAGCCUCUGCUCUUCGUGCCCACCAAGGGCCCAGCAUCCCCUCUGCCCACAGAGGGCCUGCCGCUGCCUGCUUAUCCCUCUGUGGCCCGCGCCCAGCAUGCCGCUCCAGGGGGGCCUCCUGCCGGGCCGCAGUGGGCCUGGGGCCUCUGUUCAGGGUCCAGCUCCUCUGCUCUGGCCGGUCGGUCAGUGGACAGCAUGCUGACAGAGAAGUGGCACAAGUAUUUCCCAGGUGGCUUCCCGUUGCCCUGCAGAGGUCCUGGCCCCAUGAGCAGCCGGCUGACGUUUGUGGCCCCUGAUGAUCACCGGCGCUUCUUCCCGCACCCCCAUUUCCAAGGCUCUGAAGCAGAGAAGCUGAGUAUCCAGGGCAUGAUCGAUGCCAACAGGAAGUGGCUGGAAAGUGUCAAGCAGGACUCCAGAGCCCCCCUCUUGCCAAGUGGACCGAACCCUUCGCUCAGGGCCCCUGCCGUGGUGCAGCUCAGCCUGGAUGAGAACAACCAAAUCAAAGUCUACCAUUUCUAGGCAGUGGGGGAAGCUGAGCCGGGAAGCGGCCAAGCCCAAAGACCGCUUGUUCCCCAGCUUGCUGAAAAUACACAGUGUUAGUCCCUUCUGAGGCAGCCUCCGUGAAUGCUUCCUUGGCCCCUGCCAUUCUGGAAGAGGAGAUGGCUCAUGCCAUGGGGAAAAACCACAGCUGCACUUCACAAGUAGCUCCUGUGUUAUUUCUCCAGCAUCCUGGAGGUGAGGUCACUCCUCGGUAGAUGGAGGCAAGGGCUGACCCACUUGGUGGGUGGAGGCUGUGGAUCCGGCAGCUGGUGCGAGCCAUGAGCUGCAGCCCCCUCACCCCACACCCUGCCGGCUGCAGCAUCACUGUUGGCUUCCUUUUUGGGUAGGUUUCUCAGCAGACUUCCAGAGCCUGCAUUCUCCAAGCCCCUCCAUUCCUCCAGUUCCCUUUCAGACUUAGGAGACAAGUGCUUGGUCAUGGCAGUGGUCAUGGCCUUCAGGCCAGGGCUAGGCCCAGGCACUGCUGGAGGGGCCAUAGUUGGCCUGAACCUUGUCUCAUUUGGGUCCUGGGAGGUUAGCUCUGAGCUUGGGUCCCCUCAUGGUCCCAGUGAGAGAGCUGGUUGGGCUGAGGCUGGGGGUGGCGGGAGGGGAAGGGGCAUGGAUGGCACUUCCUGGUGUGCCUAGUGGCACUUGAACUGGUGCAAGGGGUCUGGAGGAGUGAGGAAAGAGCAGUAGUGGAGGAGCAGAUGUGUCCAGGAGGGUGUCUUCCUUUGAGUCAUCCUGCUGCCAUUCUGCCCAGGCAGUCUUCCUUUUCCCUUCACCUUGGGGCUUCUUGGCUGCUGGGAGGGCAGAGGGCCAUCAGGUCCUGGUGGUUUCAGAUGCUGCUGCCACUGCAGCCCCUGCCUCCUUUUUGGGCAGAGAGUUCCCCAUGAAGCCAGGGCUGUUCAUCGUUCUCCUGUGCGGCCUGGUCUCCUAGGACAGCAACUGGAGGAGAGGAAAUGGCUGGGCUGGGACUAAGCCAGCACCCAUCUGCAGCUACUUGUUGCAUUUUGCAUACCAAAUAAAGUUGCGCUUUUGUACUUCUCUGGUGAUGUUGAUGCUUUCCUUCUGCCUGGGGUUUGUGGGAAUGGGGUGUGACUGCAUUCCCCUCUUCUCUUCCUCCUCAGGCUGUCAUUUCAGGAGGCCUUGGUUCUCCCCUGCAUCCAUAGGGCACCGGCAAUGGGGUGGGUGGGUUUGGAUCAGGGCUGCUGCUGGUCUGCCGUCGUGUUGCCAAUGGUCUGACAGCACGGGAGCUGGCCUUGCAGCAGCUGUUUUGGCAGCCUUUCGCUCAGUGCCAGUGUGGUGCAGCUGGCUAUCUGUUUGGCCAUAAUCCCAGGGAAGCCUCUCCUUUUGUUCUCUGCAAUGCCUCUGCCAGUCUUGUAGCCGCAGGAUGAUGGGACUGUGCCUGGGCGCAAGAGCUGGGGCUUAGUGGCUCCCAAGGACAGCUGAUUUGGCAGCAGGGCUGGCCUCCUGUCAAAGCUCAUUAGGCCACUGGCCACCGUUUGUCCAGCCACAGCACAAGGAGAGGAGCUCAUCACGCGCCCACCUUCAGGCCUCCCAGAGGGGCUUCAGCUUCUGCUACCAUGUUGGCAACGCUGAUGACCGCUCUCUUCUUCAUGGUGAAAGCAUUUCGGCAGCUUGGCAACAGCCUAAUCCAAGAGGAGCCACUGCCCUACCUGGUCCACCAGCCGCUGCCGUGGCAGGUCCAGUACGUGACCCAGAGCAGCCGCAGGGACAGUGGGAAAGCGGGGAGUUCUCGACACAACAGCAUCUAUGGAACCCCGGGACGAAGAGGCAACUCCAGUCCGCUGCCCAGCGCUGGCAGUGACGAACCAAGGGAGCCCCUCGAGAUGGACCCCACGACCAGCCAGGUCCAGGACCAGAAAUGCCAGCAGCACAAACAGGAAUGAUAGACCACCGUCUCAAAUAAACCCCACAACUCUCCCAGUUCCUUUGAAAGGAAGGGAGACGAGUAUUUUGUGAGCAUG